CAGUUUCAUCUUUACCUAAAUUGGAGAUACUAUCUUGGUGGAAUGGGAUUUAGACGACCAGAGGCAGCACAAGUCCAAGAAAUGGAUCCCGGGGAGAAGCGACUCAAUGAACUGGGAUACAAGCAAGAGCUCAGAAGAGAAAUGACUUUGUUCAAAACUCUUGCAAUAUCAUUUUCAACAAUGACCCUUUUCACAGGGAUUACUCCCCUGUAUGGUUCAAGCCUUCUAUAUGCAGGUCCUGCAAGUCUUGUCUGGGGAUGGGUGGUUGUAUCUUUCUUCACCUGGUUUGUUGGCAUUGCAAUGGCUGAGAUCUGUUCCUCUUUUCCAACAACCGGGUCUCUCUAUUUUUGGGCAGCUCAUUUAGCAGGUCCCAGAUGGGGACCGUUUGCAUCAUGGUGUUGUGCUUGGCUUGAGACCAUAGGGCUAGUCGCAGGCAUCGGUACACAGGCAUAUGCAGGUUCACAAACUUUGCAGAGUAUCAUCUUAUUGUGCACCGGAACAAAUAAAGAUGGAGGAUAUUUUGCACCUAAAUGGUUGUUCUUAUGCAUGUACAUAGGCCUCACAUUGAUAUGGGCAGUGCUCAACACAUUUGCAUUGGAAGUAAUAGCCUUCAUUGAUGUAAUUUCAAUAUGGUGGCAGGUUAUUGGAGGGUUGGUUAUAGUUAUAAUGCUUCCUCUGGUGUCGCUUACUACACAAUCUGCUUCAUAUGUAUUCACUCAUUUUGAAACCGCGCCUGACUCGACAGGAAUAUCAAGCAAACCUUACGUAGUCGUUCUAUCUUUCCUUGUCAGUCAGUAUUCCUUGUAUGGAUAUGAUGCAGCAGCCCAUCUUACAGAGGAAACUAAAGGUGCAGAUAAAAAUGGUCCUAUUGCAAUUCUUUCUAGCAUUGGGAUCAUUACGGUAUUUGGCUGGGCUUAUAUCCUAGCCCUUACUUUCAGUAUUCAGGAUUUUGGCUACCUAUACGAUCCAAGCAAUGAGACUGCAGGUGCAUUUGUGCCAGCUCAAAUACUCUAUGAUGCAUUCCAAGGAAGAUAUCAUAAUUCUGCUGGAGCAAUCGUUUUACUGUUCAUCAUAUGGGGGUCAUUUUUCUUCGGUGGGCUCUCAAUCACCACCAGUGCAGCUAGAGUGGUGUAUGCUUUAUCAAGAGAUGAAGGAAUUCCCUUUUCAUCCAUCUGGCGAAAAAUCCACCCAAAGCAUAAGGUUCCCUCAAAUGCAGUGUGGCUAUGUGCAGCCAUCUGCAUUCUUCUUGGACUCCCGAUCUUGAAAGUCAAUGUAGUCUUCACUGCCAUAACUUCCAUAUGUACAAUUGGAUGGGUUGGAGGCUAUGCAGUUCCAAUCUUUGCAAGAAUUGUAAUGGACGAGAAGAAUUUCAAAGCUGGGCCGUUUUACCUAGGCAGAGCAAGGAGGCCAGUUUGCAUCAUUGCCUUUCUGUGGAUUUGUUAUACCUGUUCAGUCUUUCUUCUGCCAACUUAUUACCCCCUUUCCUGGAAUACUUUCAACUAUGCGCCGGUGGCUAUAGGUGUUGGUUUGAGUUCGAUAAUGCUCUGGUGGAUGCUGGAUGCAAGGAAAUGGUUCAAGGGACCUGUUAGAAAUAUUGAUAUUUCAAAUGGGAAGGUUUAAGCUGCCAUCACAAAUUCAACCUUGCAUGUUUAUAUUGGGAUCCCAUAGUUUCAGUGUCUCCUUUUUAUGUAUUUGUUAGGUUAUUUUUUCUUUGAAGGAAAAGGGUUUACAUUUUCUUUUAGUUAAA